UCAUGCGUAAUGCGUAUUGCGUCAUUGCUUCAAAACUUUAUCUUGACAGCUGUACUCGCACAUUUUUAUUUAAUUAUUAGUUUGUAUCCACAAGUUUAUAAUUAAUUUUUAUUAUGGAUAAAAAGUUAAAAAUGGUGACUGAAUCUAUUACACAUUUAUUGCAAAUAUACUUGAAAACUUCAAUGAUGAAGUAUCGAAAGGAAAAAAUGAGGUUAACUUUAAUCAAGUUAUAUUCAAUUUAUGUUGCCUUGACAGAAAAAAAAUCGAAAAGAAGUAUAUGGGUCAAGCCCAUUUAUUCAGUACAACAGCGGUUUCGCCAAGGUGAUAGUGACAACUUAAUUGCCAUGCUGAGGACAACAGAUCAUUCACUGUAUUUCAAUUAUUUGAGAAUGGAUGUAAACACCUUUGAGUAUCUUCUUUCAAUAGUAGGCCCUGGAAUUAAAAAGCAAAUAAAUAUUAAAGAACCAAUUGCUUCUUAUACAAGGUUGCAAAUUUGCUUGAGAUAUUUAGCCAGUGGAGAUAGUAUGAGAUCAAUAGGAUACGCAUUUCGAGUUUCUCCAAACACUGUAUCACAAAUAAUCCAUGAAACUUGUGAUGAAAUCUGGCUUAAAUUGAAAGAUAUAGUGAUGCCACUAUCAAGCAAGGAUGCGUGGAUAAAAAUUGCAGAACAUUUUGAAGAAAUGUGGAAUUUCCCUCACUGUAUUGGGGCAAUAGAUGGGAAACACAUUAUAAUAGAAGCUCCUCCUCAUAGUGGCUCCUUGUACUAUAAUUAUAAAAAGCACCACAGCUUUAAUCUUACUGGCGUUUCAGAUGCACACUAUCGAUUUAUUUUAAUAGAUGUAGGAGCAGAGGGCCGUCGUAGCGAUGCUGGAGUUUUUGCUAAUAGCAAAAUAAAAUCAAGACUAGAUGCAAAUACUUUAAAUGUGCCUCCACCUUCUCUAGUUGGUCAAUACGAGUUGCCAUUCGUUUUAGUAGGCGAUGAGGCAUACCAAUUAUCAUCAUAUUUGAUGCGACCUUAUCCAAAAAGUUCACAGCUAAAUUUGAGAAAAAGAAUAUUUAAUUAUCGUCUCAGCAGGGCUAGACGAGUUGUCGAAAGUGCCUUUGGCAUAACUGCAGCGAAUUUUUUGAAGACCAAUUAAUACCUACGUCUUGAAAGCUGAAAAGAUGGUGUUGGCUACUGUCUGUUUACACAAUUUUAUCAUCACUAAGGAACUUGAAAAGCGUUCUCAAAAAAGGCAGUACUUACAAUUUAAUGGACACGACAGACAGCAAAUAUUGCUUGGCAUUAGAAACAUACAAAAUAAAGAUAACCAAGAUGUUAUUUUGCAUAACAUUUUUAGAGUUUACAGGGAAAGAUUUGCUAAUUAUUUUGUAAACGAAGGUGUCGUAGAAUGGCAAUAGGAGAAAGCUGCGAAUAAUGAAUUUUAAACUAAAACUGUAGAA